AUGCGUUCUGGGGGAGACGGUAAAAAGGGCCCUGGGCCCGCGGCAUGCAUUUUUUUGUUGGUAGCAUUACCGCUGGUGACGGCCAUGUGUGUGCGUGGUGGGGGGCCCGGUGGAGGUGUGGGCGAGGAUGAGGGAGAGGGUGGCGGUGCGUGGCGCAGCACCGAUGCCUUGCACCCCAUUGAGGCCGAAAUGCGGCCUUACGUGCGCGAGAUGAUAGGGCACGCCUUUAACUCCUACAUUAAGUAUGCCUUCCCGAAGGACGAGUUGCGCCCGGUGAACGGGGCAGGGAAGAACACCAUGGGCGGCUACGGGUGGACG